AUGAGUGUCACGAUAUUGGGUAUCGCAAAGUUUAUAUUUAACGUGAUUUUGUUCAUUUCUGGUUGUUUAGCCAUCGUGACUUCACAAUUCAUUGGGAAAUUGGUGACAUUUGGUAAUAAAGAAGUUUUGCAAGCAUGGCUGUCACAUACAAAGGAACAUUUUAUCGUGUUAUUAACCACAGUGGUAAAUAUUGCUUCAAAAUCUCCAAUAAAUAUAAGAAUUGUAACAGAUUCCAAAACUAUCCCAUCUUCAAGAUUUAAAAUAAAUCCAUCAAAUGGUAGAUUAGAAACUUCACAACCUUCAAACACAGUUUUGAUUGCAAAUCAUCAAAUUUAUACAGAUUGGGUCUUCCUUUGGUGGUUAACUUAUACAGCUAAAUUAAGUGGAUUUGUUUAUAUUGUAUUAAAAGCUUCAUUGAAAAAAUUACCAGUUUUAGGAUAUGGUAUGAAAAAUUAUGGUUUCAUCUUCCUUUCAAGAAAAUGGGAAACUGAUCAAAAAACAAUGGGGAAUCAAUUAGCUUCAAUUGAUGCAAAUGCAAGAGGUAAAGGUUCAGUAUCUGGUAAUGAACCUCACAAAAAUUCAGAAACUGGUAAAGAAACUUGGCCAGUUGGUGAAGAACAACAUCUUUCAUGGCCUUAUUCAUUAAUUAUUUUCCCAGAAGGUACAAAUAUGAGUGCAAAUACAAGAGGUAAAACUCAAAUUUAUGCUGAAAAAGUUGGAAGAAAACCUUUCAACCAUUUAUUAUUACCAAGAACUACAGGAUUAAGAUAUUCAUUAUUAAAACUUCGUGGUACUGUUGAUGAAGUUUAUGAUGUUACAUUAGCAUAUUCUGGUCUUAAAGCAUCUGAUUAUGGUCAAGAUAUUUAUAAAAUUGAAAAAGUUUUCCUACAAGGUAAAAAUCCUGAACGUGUUGAUUUUUUCAUAAGAAGUUUUAAAAUUAAUGAAAUACCCAUUGGUAAAGAAGAUGAAACUCCUGAAGAAUAUGCAAAAUCUCAAAAAAAUUUCGAAGAAUGGUUAUUUAAUGUAUGGGCUGAAAAGGAUGAAUUAAUGAAUAAUUAUUAUGAAUAUGGUUCAUUUUUAUCAGAAAAUGAUGAUCCAAAAAAUUUUGGUAUAUUGGAUACAACUUUAAAAGUUUCAAAAUUUGAUUUUUUAAAAAUUUUCACUGUCCCACUAUUAUUAAUCUUAUUAGGAAGAAUUUCAUAUCAAUUAUACUAUUUAUUUCAAUAA